CAUGACGUGAGGGUACCCAGGUAUGCAUUUUGGGGUAGCUAAUAGCUCAAAAGUACGACGACCGAUUGACCCUGUCGAUCGGAGGAGCGUUUUAAUCUGGGGAUCCAGCCCGGCAAUAUCUCACCCGACUCAACCGGGACUCAACCGGCGCACGACAGUCGUCUACCGCUGAUCCGAUUGCGCCUCUGCAGUGAAUAACCCUAGAAUCCUUGCGCAAUUGGAGGAAUGACAUUUUGGAGAUGCUCGGGUUAUCCUGCUGCAUCGAUACAUCAUCGAUGCGGGGAAAAGCUGGAGCGGGUGAAGACGAGCUGCUGCUACGCUACUCCACCGUCGUGGUGAGCUUGAAGCUAUAAAAGCCCGAGCUGUUCGGUAGCCGACAGUACCUAAAUACGGUUGAUUAAGGUAACUUGAGGUCUUAUGCGAAUCGAUAUGGCACUUUCUUUGGGAUCAGCUGUGUUGCUGAUGAGUUCGGGGGUCGCAGCUGUUGGACAUAUCUUUCCAGAUUGCGGGAAUGGACCCUUAGCUACCAAUGGCGUCUGUAACAAGGCACUUUCCGUCGGACAAAGAGCAAGAGCACUCGUUUCAGCCCUCAAAACGGAAGAGAAAUAUGGAUUAUUAGUCAGCACAUCACCUGGAGUUGAAAGAUUAGGACUGCCGAGCUAUGAAUGGUGGCAGGAGGCUCUUCACGGCGUCGCCUCCUCGCCAGGCGUCAAGUUCGCUGAAACCGGCAACUUCUCAUAUGCGACAUCCUUUCCCCAGCCAAUUCUCAUGGGUGCUGCAUUCGAUGACGAACUUAUCGAGGCUGUCGCAACAGUCGUCAGUACCGAAGCUCGCGCAUUCAAUAACUUCAAUCGGUCGGGAUUAGACUACUGGACACCAAAUAUCAAUCCCUAUCGUGAUCCUCGGUGGGGUCGAGGCCAAGAAACACCAGGAGAAGACCCUUUUCAUCUAAGUUCAUAUGUGACUGCUUUAAUAAAAGGUCUUCAAGGUGGAGAAGAUCCUGAUAUCCUCAAAGUGAUUGCGACAUGUAAGCAUUUCACUGCAUAUGAUAUUGAGGAUUGGCUUGGAAACGAACGCUACGAAUUUGAUGCGAAGGUCAGCCCGCAAGAAUUGGCUGAAUACUACAUGCCGGCAUUCGAAGCUUGUGCCCGAGCGAAUGUCGGUUCUUUCAUGUGUUCAUACAAUGCCUUAAACGGCGUUCCAACAUGCUCAAGUUCGUAUAUCUUACAAGAUAUUCUUAGAGAUCACUGGAAUUGGACACGUGACUACCAAUAUGUCGUUUCGGACUGCGACGCUCUUCAAAAUGUCUACAAGCCUCACGAUUGGCGCGACACUCGCGAGGCUUCCGCGGCCAGUUCACUUCUUGCGGGGACGGAUCUCAAUUGCGGCACAUACUACCAAGUUCAUCUUCCUACCGCUUAUGAAAAAGGCCUCAUCAAUGAUACCGCGCUCGACCUUGCCGUUACUCGACUCUACGCCUCGCUCAUUAAACUGGGUUACUUCGACCCCGCCGACUCCAACCCCUACCGGUCCCUAGGCUUCUCUGACGUAUUUACUCCUGACGCUGAGAACCUCGCCCGCAAAGCUGCCGAAGAGGGCAUCGUCCUAAUUAAAAACGAUGGCGUCCUUCCCCUCCAAAUCACCACAGAAAGCAAUCUUACCGCGGUUUUCAUCGGAGAUUGGGCCAACGCCACCACGGACAUGCAAGGCAAUUAUCAAGGUAUUGCGCCGUACCUCCACUCGCCGUAUUAUGCCGCCAGCCACACCGCCAACAUCAAUGCCGUGUACGCCGGUAUCCCUGGCGACCCAACAACCGACGGAUAUCCACGCGCCAUUGAGGCCGCCUCUGCCGCAGACAUCAUCAUCUGGGCCGAUGGCCCCACUGUAGCAAGUGAGGCCGAAAGCAAAGACCGCACACUCAUCCGAUGGUCAGGCGAGAAAAUCGAUAUCAUAACACAGAUCGCCGGCCUUGGCAAACCGUUCGUGCUCGUGCAAUUGGGCGGCCAGCGCGACGAUGCGCCAUUCCUUAACCACCCCAACAUCUCUGCGAUCCUAUGGGCAGGUUACCCUGGUCAAUCCGGCGGUGACGCUAUUCUCAAUGUGCUUACCGGCAAGGUCGCACCUGCGGGUCGCCUUCCCGUGACGCAGUAUCCCGCGGACUACGUCGAUGUUCCUAUGACGGAUAUGAGUUUGCGCCCGAACCCUGAGACAGGUAAUCCGGGCCGCACUUACCAAUGGUACAAUAAUGCGACCGUGCCAUUUGGCUUUGGUUUGCAUUACACCAACUUCACAGCUACCGUUGUAGCACCAGAUGGUGAUGAAGACGAACAAGCUGAUGCCAAAACCAAGGUCUGGGCCGAAGACAAGGACUCCUACGACAUUUCUGACCUAACUCUCCGCUCUUCCUCCACAUCCGUCCGCAUCGACCAGAUCCCAUUCAAAACCGUUCCCGUAACUGUAUCCAAUACCGGCGGCACAACGUCCGAUUUCGUGGUUCUGGGCUUCUUAGCUGGCCAGCACGGACCACAGCCGUAUCCUAUCAAAAGACUCGUCGCAUAUAAGCGAUUACAUGAUAUCGCGCCCGAACAGUCGCAGACAGCAAAUUUGACACUAACGCUUGGGAGCUUGGGACGUCGUGAUGAGGAUGGCAAUUUGGUGCUGUAUCCGGGUGAGUAUAGUCUAUUGGUGGAUGUACCGACGCAGGAUACUUGGGACUUCACGCUGGAUGGCGAACCCGUGGCACUAGACGAGUGGCCGCAGGACACCGGGGCUUGAGUACAAUUAGGUACCUAGGUAGGAGGCAAAUAUCCACUCGUGUUUGUCCUCUCAGGUAUGGAGCGACGAUUGACAAGAUGUUGUGUUUCGAUUGAAACUACAGGUGCUGCUAGUGUUGU